CGGAGUAGCAGAAAAACAGAGCGGGGCUGACUGCAGCGUGGAGCGUGAGCCGGGCUGGACGCGCACAAGUCCUCGCCGGGGACCCGCGAGGAGUUGGCAUCUGUUGGAAGACUCUGAGAUUCUCUCUGCCCAGAACUCCAGGACCAAUGCAUCUUCCCACCACCUUAAAACACUGAUCCCUCCAGAGCUGCAGCUGGAGAAGACUUGCCUGCCACCAGCAUGAGUUCUGAAUGUGAUGUUGGAAGCUCUAAAGCUGUGGUGAAUGGCUUGGCGCCUGGCAGCCAUGGGCCAGACAAAGCAACAGCCGACCCUUUACCUGCUCGCUCUAUAUCUGCUGUUAAAAUAAUUCCCGUGAAGACAGUGAAAAGCCCUUCAGGCCUAGUACUCCCUCCAGACAUGGACCCUACAAAAAUCUGCACUGGGAAAGGAACAGUGACCCUUCGGGCCUCGUCUUCCUACAGGGAAACCCCAAGCAGCAGCCCUGUGAGCCCCCAGGAAUCUCCGAAGCAUGAAAGCAAGUCAGAUGAAUGGAAACUUUCUUCCAGUGCUGAUGCUAAUGGCAACGCCCAGCCCUCCCCACUUGCUGCCAAGGGCUAUAGAAGUGUGCAUCCCAGCCUUUCUGCUGACAAGCCCCAGGAUGCCACCUCCUCCAGCCCAGCCCCGUCUGAGGUAAUAGUUGUCCCUCUCUACCUGGUUAAUACUGACAGAGGGCAAGGGCAAGAAGGCACUGCCAGAACUCCAGCAUCUCUGGGGCCACUUGGCUGCAUCCACACUGUCCCGGCGACCACCCCUGCUGCCUCACCUCUGACCUUCCCGACACUAGAUGAUUUCAUUCCCCCUCAUCUGCAGAGGCGGCCCCACCACAGCCAGCCAGCCAGUGCUUGUGGCUCCCUCUCCCCUGCUAGCCAGACGCCACCACCCUCACCACCGCCUCCGCUGGUCCCUCCCGUACCGGAGGACCUCCACAGAGGCUUGGAGCCUGACCUCCCAGGAGCUGUCUCAAGUACCGGUGGUCCUUUAGUAAAUGAAGUUUCUUCUUCCCACAUUGAAACCGAUUCCCAAGCCUUCCCUCCAACAAGCAGACCUUCGUCUGCCUACCCCUCCACCACCAUCGUCAACCCCACCAUUGUGCUCCUGCAGCACAAUCGAGAACAGCAAAAACGACUCAGUAGUCUUUCAGAUCCUCCCUCAGAGAGAAGAGCAGGCGAGCAAGACCACUUGCCCACCCCGGCAGAACUCACCUCACCCAGCAGGGCUGCUGAGAAGAGAGCAAAGGAUGACAGCAGACGGGUGGUGAGGAGUGCACAGGACCUAAGCAAUGUGUCUCUGGAUGAAGUGGGCAUCCCACUCCGGAAUACCGAGAGAUCGAAAGACUGGUACAAAACUAUGUUUAAACAGAUCCACAAGCUGAACAGAGAUGAUGAUUCUGACCUGCACUCUCCUCGAUAUUCCUUCUCUGAAGACACAAAGUCUCCCCUUUCCGUGCCUCGCUCAAAAAGUGAGAUGAACUACAUCGACGGGGAGAAAGUGGUUAAGAGGUCUGCUACACUCCCCCUCCCAGCCCGCUCCUCCUCUCUCAAGUCCAGCCCAGAGAGAAACGACUGGGAGCCCCCAGAUAAGAAAGUGGAUACGAGAAAAUACCGAGCAGAGCCCAAAAGCAUUUAUGAAUAUCAGCCGGGCAAGUCUUCGGUCCUGACCAAUGAGAAGAUGAGUCGGGAUAUAAGCCCAGAAGAGAUAGAUUUAAAGAAUGAACCUUGGUAUAAAUUCUUUUCGGAAUUGGAGUUUGGGAGACCGAGCUCAGCAGUCAGCCCGACUCCAGACAUUACAUCAGAGCCUCCAGGAUAUAUAUAUUCUUCCAACUUCCAUGCAGUGAAGAGAGAAUCAGAUGGGACCCCCGGGGGUCUCGCUAGCUUGGAGAAUGAGAGGCAGAUUUAUAAAAGUGUCUUGGAAGGUGGUGACAUCCCUCUUCAGGGCCUGAGUGGGCUCAAGCGACCCUCCAGCUCAGCUUCCACUAAAGAUUCAGAGUCACCAAGACAUUUUAUACCGGCUGAUUACUUGGAGUCCACAGAAGAAUUUAUCCGGAGACGGCACGAUGACAAAGAGAAACUUUUAGCGGACCAGAGACGACUUAAGCGCGAGCAAGAAGAAGCCGAUAUUGCAGCUCGCCGCCACACAGGUGUCAUCCCGACUCAUCAUCAGUUUAUCACUAAUGAGCGCUUUGGGGACCUCCUCAAUAUAGAUGAUACUGCAAAAAGGAAAUCUGGGUUAGAGAUGAGACCUGCCCGAGCCAAAUUUGACUUUAAAGCUCAGACACUGAAGGAGCUGCCUCUGCAGAAGGGAGACAUUGUUUACAUCUACAAACAGAUUGAUCAGAACUGGUAUGAAGGUGAACACCAUGGCCGGGUGGGAAUCUUCCCACGCACCUAUAUUGAGCUUCUUCCUCCAGCUGAGAAGGCUCAGCCCAGAAAGUUGGCGCCCAUGCAGGUUUUGGAAUAUGGAGAAGCCAUUGCGAAGUUUAACUUCAAUGGUGAUACACAAGUAGAAAUGUCUUUCCGAAAGGGGGAGAGGAUCACACUGCUCCGACAGGUGGAUGAGAACUGGUACGAAGGGAGGAUUCCUGGGACAUCCCGCCAAGGCAUUUUCCCUAUCACCUAUGUAGAUGUGCUUAAGAGGCCGUUGGUGAAAACCCCUGUGGAUUACAUCGACCUGCCUUAUUCUUCUUCUCCAAGUCGCAGUGCCACUGUGAGCCCACAGUGUACUAGUCACAGCAAGCUCAUCAUGCCAGCCCCUUCAUCUCUACCCCACCCCCGCCGAGCCCUGUCCCCUGAGAUGCACGCCAUCACCUCCGAGUGGAUCUCUCUGACUGUCGGGGUCCCAGGCAGGCGUUCUCUGGCCAUGACACCACCCUUGCCUCCUCUGCCUGAGGCUUCUAUCUAUGACAUGGACCACUUGGCCUUGUCAGCGAGGGCCCGUCCCUCUUUGCCACUCAGCCUCCCCUAUUCAAGUUGGUCAGAUCACGCCACUCUGCGCUCAGUGGUCUCCCCGAUGGCCCUGCCUCCACCCCACAAAGCCUACUCACUGACACCCAGUGCCCAGGCUCCUCUUCACGUCAAUGGAGAUGGUGGCAUUCACAUUCGCCAAGAUGGCUUCUCCCAGCCACCACUUGGGAACUCUGAUAGGGUCAUCUCAGAGCUUAGUGACGCCUUUAGCAGCCAGAGCAAGAGACAGCCCUGGCGAGAAGAUGGACCAUAUGACAGGAAAGCAGAGAGCGAGGCAGGUGAGAGAUACCCUGGUGGACCCAAGAUCUCUAAGAAGAGCUGCUUGAAGCCUUCAGACGUGGUCAGGUGCCUGAGUUCUGAGCAGAGACUCUCAGAGUUCCACACUCCUGAGGACAGCCAGUCUUGGAAGCCUCUGGGUAGCCCUUUCCCAGCAUGGGAGGCUGGGCCGCCAGAGCUUCACAGAGGUGUCGAGGCUGACAGGAAGGCUGCUCAGAGUGGUGUGAGCCAGCCUUCUCAUCAUUCAUUGAGCGCAGGACCUGAUCUCACAGAAUCUGAAAAGAACUAUGUGCAACCUCAAGCCCAGCAGCGAAGAGUCACCCCAGACAGGAGUCAGCCCUCACAGGAUUUAUGCAGCUACCAAGCAUUAUAUAGUUAUGUGCCACAGAACGAUGAUGAGUUGGAACUCCGUGAUGGAGAUAUUGUUGAUGUCAUGGAAAAAUGUGACGAUGGAUGGUUUGUUGGCACUUCGAGAAGGACGAGGCAGUUUGGUACUUUUCCAGGCAACUAUGUAAAACCUUUAUAUCUAUAAGAAGACUGAGAAGCACAGAGAUUAUUUUUUAUCAGAGGAUGAAGCAUCAUUCAUGAACUGGUCUCUUUAUUAAAUAAAUAUUGAGUCAGUAGGAAAACUAAUGCAGUUGGUAAAGAAAGAAUUCAAAGAAGGAACAGAGACGUAUGUUUAAAACCCACUGUGUAUCAGGGAUUAACUAUCUGCUGAAGACAUCUGUAUUUACAUGGCUGCUUCUCUAGCCCCUGAUGCUUGGGGAAUCUGAUCUGGAGUAGUGUCCUUGAGCAACAUUAGCCAAAACAUGUGCCCGGUUUUUACCCACUCCCAUUUCAAAGGUGUCCCUUGGGGCUAGAUGAGUCAGUCCGAAUCCAUGUUCCACAAGCCCCAAGCCCGAGCAUCAUCAACCGCUGCCUGUGUUCCUGGCUAGCCCAGAGCCAGCAGGCCUCAAGUGCUGCUAGAGGCUGGUCUGGGUUGUUGACAUUUUCCUUCAGCACCAUGACUUGAUGAGGUCCGGGUGAAGAAAUGGUGGCAGACCAGGUGCCCUAGCAUUUAGCCUUCUGGGUGAUUUGGCCCUUUACUGCACUGAUAUUCAGACAGAAAACCAUGCCGUGUUUGUCCUGAGCUUGGGAGCAGGUGGUCAGGCAGAUGGGUUACACUUGUGUUUCCACAUGAUUAAGCCAGCCACCUUGGGGCUCUGGAAGUCACUUGGAGUGUGUUCUUUCCCUGGUCCUGGUCACCACGACUGGCUAGCCAGGGUUGGCUGUGCCUUUCUUUUCUGGCUUAGUAUGGACUUGAUACACUUGAACCCAUAGAAUACAGCCUGGUCUCCAGUAGCUCUCUUAGCAAGCUGGCUGCAGGGGCACCAUGGGUAAGACACUCUCAGACCUAGGAGGGACUCAGUGCCUCCUGUGUUGUUUGUGGAGUUGGAAUGCCACCCAGAAUGUUAUCUCCUCUAGUCCUUCUUCCCCUCCUCCUCUCCACCCCAGGCCAGGGAGUCCUGGUGCACAUGGUGAGGCCUCCAUUCAGAGCUCAAGUAUUACACACUGGCCUGGGUGCAAGGCAGCAAUUCUCCUGGUGGCAGCUGUGAGGCUGUCCUCUGUGAGCCCUGGUUGUGAGGAAGGGACCUUUUGACACCUAGGUGGUUAGUCACCACUCUGGUUCUCUGUUAGAUUUCUAAUUGACACAGAGAUAAGUGUGGCUUGUUCCCAGAACCGAGCUUUCCAGGACCUCAGCCGAGUGGACAACAUAAGAGAAGAAGCCCAAUCUAGAGAGACUAUGAUAUGUGCAGAGGGUGUGAGAGGAAGGGAUGUGUUUCUCAUGAGGGGGAUCCUAGAAAACAGUCAGGUUUUCCUCUCCCUCAGCUCACUUCUGAAGAACUGGGAUGCUCGGAGAACAUUUGUCUGAGGGUAGUUUAUGUCUGAAAAUACUGGGAAUUUUUUUUCCCCAGAGUCUGGUAUUCUUCUACCCACAAAUACAUGCACCAGGGUCACAGAUACCAGGAAUUGUAGGUGAGAGGGGUAUGCACUGGAUCCCUGGCUCUCUGCAUGUAGUUCAGAACCACCCUAACCACUACACUAUCCCAAAGUCUGGAGUCUUCACAAGUUGGCAACAUUUGUCUUCAGUGACUGCCUCCCCCCAUCCCCAACCAUCACCUGCCAACCACAAUUCUCCGAGGAGGCUCUCAGGAAAGAAACUGCCAUGGAUUGAUUCACACUGAAAUAUAAAUGGCGGAUGGGGAAGUAAAUAUGUUGUCUCUUCCUGGAGACAUGCCUUUUAACGGAGACAGAGCAGAGCCUUUAAUCCCAAGGGAAAAUGGAAUGGAACUGAAGGGCUAGAAGCUUCCUGGGCAGAAAGACCUGGGAGUCUGACCUGCUGCUUUGCAAGCGCAGCUUCCCCCAGCCAGCCGCACUGCUUUCUUUUUUGUCUUUGCCCCUCUCGAAGGGAACAUAGGAACAAUAAAUUAAAAUGCCGGUGUGCAUUUUUACUCAUUUGGAAUGCAGUCCUUGCUCUCUCCUAGAUGCCAACCAUGACUAGUGCGAUUGUAUCUAAAUUUCCUGAGGGGUGUUUUUUGAUUAAGUAGGUAAUGUCGAACACCCCUUUAAAUACAGCUAGAAAAUAAAACCAUUUUAUAAAAGGUUCGCAUCCCCUGCAAUCCUCACACUGAGUAUCUCUCCAAACCCAGGUAUGCCCAUCUUUUAAAAAAAAAUCUCUCCCGCUUCCGGCGUAUGAAAAACAAAGAGAGCGAAGGUUUCCAGUUACUCUUUUGUCAUCAGACAUUUAGUAAUAUAAAGUACCUAUUUUUAUGCUGAAAUGUUUAUACAGGUUUAUUAACAGCGAGCGCAACUAACUGGCAGCAUGCCGUGCAACUCGUUUUGAUAUAUUUAGUCAUGCUUCCAGGUAAAGGCAAGCUCCAGACUACUCACCUUUUGCAGUCUCUCUGGGAUCAGGAAAAGAAAAAAAAAAAUCACGUGUUUGAGAAGUGGGACUGUAAAUAUGUAAUGUAUAUUAAACUUUGUGUAGCCCAUGUACCUACCUUGUAUAGAAAAAUAAUUUUUAAAACUUGAGCAGAAAGGGAGUAAAUUGAGGAAGUCAUGAAGGGUCCCCCCCACACACACACUUUUAUUUAAAUGAAGGAAUUUCGAAUAUUUCACCUGCAGACUUUUAGCACAAAAAAUAGUCCUUGGAAAUUGUUAACAUAUUCAGCUGUUCUCUGGGGAAGACAACUAUAAUAUCAUUUACAGUUUUCUUUUUGCAGUUCUGUUUAUCUGCAGUAGUAUUAAGUCAUAUUGCUGGAAUAGGUUACUACCAAAAAAAGAUAUUAUUGAGAAUAAAUAAAACUGAUCUAUGUAACCUAUUAAGGUAUUGCAUUUAAAUCGCACACCAAGCGCAUGUACUAUGCAGACACAGGUUUUUCUGUUCAUUUUUUUUCCUUAUUGCAGUGGAUUGAUUUGAUAGACAUGUUGAGUUACUACUUUGCUGUACAUAUUAUUUAAUAAACUUUAUUCGGAAUUGUGUGGCA